GUCAGGUCUCCAUUUUCUUGCAGUCGCCUAUCUGGGAUGACAGCACUGUUGACGUGCAUUUUGCAAAAAUGCCGUGGAUUGACAAGGCACUGACAUCUGUAACAGAUGCACGGAGACUUCCCCAGCCCCAAGAGCCCCAGCUGAGCUCUUACAGAGGCUUCUGAUCCAGCCGAGCCAAGAGCUUUGUGUGGGUAGAGGACGUGAGUCAACAAAUGGUCUCUGUGAGUUGCCAGGAGCUGCCACCCUCCUUGACCAGCUCUUCCCUGCUAGAGAGCUUUGCCAGUGCUCUGCAACGCAGCAUGCCGCCGUCCCUUCUGCCGGGGCACGGCAGCGAGAGGGCGUCCGGCCACCCAGAAGGCUCUGGCCAUCUCCUUGCAGGCAGCACCAGCCACUCUGAAGGCACCUCGUUCCCCCUCUCCGGUGCAAAGGGGGAAGACGCAAAACCCCACGUUGCUGUCUGUGAGGCUCACCUCAAGCUGCCUGACUUCUGCGGCAGCCUCUCGCAGGACUUCAUUCCCACCCUGGAGGAGAUCGAGGAGUUCCUAAGGGAGAAGGCUGAGUUCCUCAAAGACGAAGCAAGCGAGCAUCACCCAGCUGGAGGGAAGGUCGAGAUCAAAUCUGAGAUCAGCUUAGGUAGCUCUGGGGGACAGCCUGUCUCCAGUGUGAUUCAAGAAGAAGAAGUCUCAAACGUUGCCCAGCCUGGAGGGACAGCUGAUGGUAGUGACCAGGCAGUAGCUGCUGGGAGCAUUCCUGUUGUCCUCCAAAUCCAGCCUCUCCAGAUGGACAGUGGCAACCCGCUAGCACAGAGUGCUACAGGCGGUGUCAGGGUGGCCCAGCUGGUUAUCAGCUUGCAGGGCCAAAACCUGUCCCUCCUCCCUCAGGUCCAGCCCCCUGUGACCAUCGUGGACCAAAAGUACGUCAAAAUUGCCCCGCUGCCAGUCGCCGUGAGGCCAGGGGCACUGGCAGAUGAACAAGAGGUGGAGGCACCCCCCAAAUAUCAGAAAGCCCCCCCUUUCCGUGUCCAUAAGUGCUCGCACCCAGGCUGCGGCAAGAUGUACACCAAGAGUUCCCACCUCAAGGCUCACUUUCGUCGGCACACCGGCGAGAAACCCUACACUUGUGCUUGGCCCAACUGUGGCUGGCGGUUUUCCCGGUCGGAUGAGCUCUCCCGUCACAAGCGUUCCCACUCCGGUGUCAAGCCGUACCAGUGUGCCGCCUGUGAGAAGAAGUUUGCCCGCAGUGACCAUUUAGCCAAACACAUGAAGAUCCACCGGGGCCAGCCGUACGGCCAGCGGACACUUCAGGGUGGCAGCAGGAGUUAAGUCUCGCUGCUCGUCCUUGCGAGGCUGAGUCCAGGAGGCCCCUAAAGCCAGGCAAACAGAAUGCAAAGCCCACUACACUAAUGAAGAGGGAGAAAUUAAUUUCUUUAACAAAUGAUAGAAGAUCCGCUGUUAGACUGCUAUUCAAGGAUGAUCUAUAUACAGGGCCUGUUUCUGAUACUGCUGUCCCUCUCUUAAAUAUAUGUGAUGGAAACCUAAG